CUCUCUCUCUCUCUCUUGGAGUCUAUUUUUUCACUACUAUUUCUUUCUGUUUCAGAGUUUGUUGAGCAAAAGGUGGAGGAGUAGAAUCCAUGCCAUCCUUUCAUCCAAGCAUAAUCUUUGGGUUAGGUUAGGGUUUCCUCAAUCUAUACUCACUCCAAAAUAAAUUUCAUUCUUCACGGACUUUUCGUCGUCUCAUAUCCCACCUCCAUCGCCUCCGCCUCGUUCUCUUCGCCCGAUCAACCCCUAUUUCACAAAAUAUGGCGAUGAUCUCUCUCGGAAGCUUGAGUUCCCAUAUUUUCCCAUCAGAAUCCUUUCCAAUCCUCCACUAUCCUCUUUGUUGUAGAAAUUCUAGGUUUUCUCUAUCACUCCUGUAAUUCAUUUACAAACUAACAGAAGAAGUUGGGGAUUUUCUUUUGAGAUGAUGGGAUGUAAAUUAAAGUGAUGUGAAGUGUGUAUAUGUGUUCUGGGUAAUUAAGGUUUUCUUUUGGAAUACGGUAUUGCUGUGAUUUAUUGUCUUAGCAGGGUAGGCUAUGUAUAUUGAGGAAUUAAAGGGAGGGGAGGUGGAAAGCGGGGAAGAAGGGAAUUUCUGUGGUGGAGAUUUCCAUUUCGGCAGCAGAAGCGUUGUCUCUUCCGAUGCGAAGCGGGUUUUGAUCGGAGCUGGGGCCCGCGCGCUAUUCUAUCCGACUCUGCUCUACAAUGUUAUUAGGAAUAAGGCUCAGGCCGAGUUCAGGUGGUGGGAUAAGGUGGAUGAGUUUAUACUGUUAGGUGCUGUUCCAUUCCCGAAUGAUGUUCCCCGCCUAAAGGAGCUGGGUGUUUGCGGAGUUGUCACGCUAAAUGAGUCCUACGAGACUUUGGUUCCAACAUCUCUAUAUCACGAUCAUGGCAUUGAGCAUUUGGUGAUACCUACCAGAGACUACUGCUUUGCCCCAUCACUGAAUGAUAUGCACCAUGCAGUAGACUUCAUACAUAAAAAUGUAUCUUGUAGAAGAAGUACAUAUGUUCACUGUAAAGCUGGACGAGGACGCAGCACAACCAUUGUAAUAUGUUACCUGGUGCAACACAAGCAAAUGACACCUGAUGCCGCAUAUGAUUAUGUGAAAGCAAUCCGUCCAAGGGUGCUUUUAGCCUCUUCCCAGUGGCAGGCUGUCCAGGAAUACUACCAUCUUAAGGUGAAAAGAGCUGUUAUCUACACCCAAAUGACUGAUCUUAUGAUGACAACCCAAGUAUCAGCUGCUUCACAAGAUCUUGUUGCAUUUGAUGAUGGAUCACUAGUUGUUGUUACUGAGUCGGAUCUUGAAGGGUAUAACUCAAGUCUUGACUCAGGUGCUAUGGGAAGUGAUAUAUGGGCAGAUUUAAGUGUGGUUUACCGGGUCCGAGUAGCUGGUCAGGCAGCUUUGGCAAGAAUCUCAUGCCUAUGGUUUCGCUGCCGAGCAUGCUCGACUACUUCAGGGGAUAAGUUGGGCAGUGAGAGCAACUGCUCAAUCAGGGCUAAUCAUAUAGGAGGGAUUAGUGUGGACAUACACGUCUACUGAGAAGAACCUCUGAAAUUGCAGAAAAGCCUCAGAAAUUGCAUUGAAGAUGUUUGAUAAGUUUUCUGCCAUCUUAAAUUUUCUUUCUCGUACAGCUAAAGGGAAAUAAUGUUAAUUUUAGGCAGAAAUGAAAUUGUGGUUUUUUUCCCCCUAUAAAUUGAGUUGUAAAUUCUCUUGAAUCAAAAUGUAAGAAAGUUGAGUAUUAUGAGCCCUGUAAAUACUGGUAGGAUACCCUGGAAGUAGGGCUGCAAAAGAACUUAGUCGAGUUGAAUUCAAACAAGGGUAUUUUGAUUAA